UUUAUUUGUCAAGUUCAUCUGUCUUUUACCUUCAGGUGUUUUUGUGAAGAACCAGUGCACCGACUAUCCUAUUGCUAUCAUUGUGACAUUACAUCCAGACAGCUGAGUCUCAUCCUAACACGUCCACCAAGUCCAACGCUACUCCCUCCUCGCCCCCGACCCCUGCGCUAUGAGCAGAGGUAGAGGAGGGUUUAACAAAGAUUGCCAGCGAUUCUCCCUCUCUCCCCAACAGGGAAAACCUCAGUUUCAUUCCCACACGACCACUGGUCACCAACGGGGCCCUUGUGUCCCAAGCCCCGGCUCUGUAUCCGGCAGCUAUCCGCACCCUUCUCUUUACUCCUCUUACCCGGGUGCUCCUGGCGUGCCACGUGGUCAUCCUUUUCCCCCUAGUCCCUCUGAUUCACCCCUGUGGGCAUCCCCCCACCACAGCAGUGAUCAGAUCUCCGACCCAAAUGGUAUAAGUUUCCGACAAUACCAGGUCCAGUUCCUCAGGGGGCAAAGUGCACAGGCUCCGCAGUUCAAAGCACCCCAGCAGCGAGGGUCCCAAACCCCCAGCCAAGGGGAAAAGGUCUCAACUGGGCCUCUCCACUACCAGACAGGUUAUCGAGACUUCAAAACAAGUGGUAACAGUUUCGGAAGAAGAGACUGCUACACGAGAGGCCGAGGAAACUGGCAAAGGGAGCCUAACUUUAACCCUAAGAAAAAGUCAGGGUGGAAUCACCCUCAUCAGAAGGGACAGUAUUAUCCAAAUCAACAGACUAAGCAUUACUGGAAUGCACAGGCAGAUGAUGUGUCCUCUGGCCUUCAUAGUCUGAGUUUAAGUGACCAGAUAACAAGGGUAGACAACUCUGACAUUUUGUCCUGCAGUAGCAUUUCUAGCAAGGUUUUCAGUUCUUCUGGCUCAGUCAGAGAGUCUCUGUAUUUGACCCCUGAGAUCCAGCAACAGGUCUUUGCUUUUUUGACAUCACUCGGGCCAGACGAGACCAUUCAGGCAAGAGCCUUGGGCAAAAAGCUUGGUCUUCCCAAAACGAUUGUUAAUAAGGCUUUAUAUGCCCUCUUAAGGGCAAACCAAGCAGUGAAGCAAGGUGAGAUUCCUCCUCUGUGGAGACUCUGCAAGGAAGAGGACAGUGAGCCAAUCAAAGGAAGAGACCAAUCGCAGUCUUCAAAGGAUUUGGUGAAAGAGCCAGGUCAGAGUUCAUCCAUAAAACAAGAGGCUAUAGAGCAUUUCACCAGCACCAGUGCUCCCUCUGCAUCACAGAUCCUCGUAGAGGCUGACGGCGAUAUCAGUGACCAGGCGGAGGACUCUGAAGGUGACGAUACCUGUGAAACGUUGAUUCCUGUCCAGGAUCAACAGACUCUUUUACCUGCAGUCCAGUUGGUAACCUUGUCAACAAUGGCUGAUUCUAAAGAUGGCAAAGAGAAGAUCCUACAGUACCUCUAUGAAGUGGGUACGGGUAAUUCGCUUGUGAUCUCCAAGAACCUCGGCCUGCGCAGUGCCAAGCAGGUUAAUCCCACACUCUAUGCCAUGGAGAAACAAGGUGAUGUAAGGCGCAAUACCGAAGUUACUCCACCUACAUGGUCACUUAGUGCACACCGGCAGGAAAAGAUGGACCGCCAACGAAAAGCUGCAGCGACUGGAAAACGGGACGUUAACAGUGCCGAGAUGUUUAACUUGGCAGCUGAAGGGAUUGCAGACGUAGCUUCAGUCAAGUUGGAACCAGAUGAUGUAUUUGAAUUUUCAGGUGAUAUUGGAGCAGUGCCGAUGGAUGGGGGUAAAAAUCCAUUGGUGGAGAUGUUGGACAACAAUAACAUUUUUGGUAACUCAGAGCUUGACAUGCCUGGCCUUGAGCCAAUACCCCCCAAACCCAGUGACCUUUCCUCCUCCACCUUCCGCUACUUCCAACCUCCUCCCCAUCAGUUCUCAUACUAUCAGGAUAUGGCCAGUAAUGGAGGAGAACGUUCACAGUGGGCAUCUGAUGAUAUUCCAGAAUUCCUGAACACGAUCCACUCCGAGGUUGCCGUUUCGUUGGCUGCUCCCCCUCCCCCAGCUCAAAGCCUGGAGUCAAGCAGAUUCCAGAAACUCAAGGAGGCCCGCAGUAAGAACCCAGUUAGCGGGCUGAUGGAAUUUGCUCAGCAUCUUGGACACACUUGUGAGUUCCUACUUCUGGAGCAGUCUGGACCCUCACAUGACCCCCGGUUUCGGAUGCAGGUCAUGUUAGAUGGUCGCAGGUUUCCACCAGCUGAGGGUUCAAACAAAAAAGUGGCCAAAAAAGAUGCUGCAGCCAUAACCCUGAAGAUUCUUUGGAAGGAGAUGAAGGGAGCAGGUGGAGAUGGAGAGGAAGAGGAAGAACCGAGCAUGGAGGGAGCUGAGUCAACCACUGACCUGUCAGAUGAUAUGCUAGGUGACACCGAUACUCCGCCCCAGGCUCUUUCUCGGUCUCUACCUGGAGGAAAGAAUCCCGUUUCUGUCCUGAUGGAGCACAGUCAGCGCAGUGGGCAUGCCAUCCAGUUUAUCAAGACAGGACAGGAAGGGCCACCCCAUGAUCCACGGUUUAUGUUCCGUGUUAAGGUUGGGGAGCGUCUCUUCCAAGAAGCCUCAGCGCCCAGUAAGAAAGCAGCAAAGCAGCUGGCAGCGGAGGAGGCCGUGAAGGAGCUAAUGGGAGAUGGACUACUACAUCUUAACAAGCCUCCCGGUAAUUUCUUUGCUCUGGGCGAAAAUGAGUCUCAGCCAGCGAUUCCUGCGUGCCCCUCGCUACCCCCCCUGACGGCAUCUGAGCUCCAGGCGGCACAUGAAGCAGGUGUGGGUGACCUCAUCAACCACCUGAACAACAACGCAGUGUCCGGCCUCCUCGAGUACGCCCGUGCUCGAGGCUUCGCUGCUGAAAUCCGCCUUGUGGGCCAGUCCGGACUCUCACACGAGCCCAAGUUUACUUACCAGGCUAAAUUGGGAGGGCGGUGGUUUCCUGCAGUGUGUGCUAGUAAUAAGAAGCAGGGGAAGCAGGAGGCAGCAGACGCUGCUCUUCGAGUGCUCAUCGGAGAAGCAGAGAAAGCAGCACGUACUGGAGAGCUCACGCCAGAGUUGCCAGUAUCAGGCAGUACGAUGCAUGAUCAGAUCGCCAUGCUAAGCCAUCAGCGCUUUAAUGCACUCACAGCUCGCAUCCAGCACAGCCUUCUGGGUAGGAAGAUUCUUGCCACCAUUGUUAUGAGAAACGGAUCAGAUACACUUGGAACAGUUGUCAGCCUUGGGACAGGAAACCGCUGUGUUAAGGGAGAGGAGCUUAGUCUUCGAGGGGACACCGUUAAUGACUGCCACGCAGAAAUCAUCUCCAGGAGAGGCUUUAUCCGGUUUUUGUACGGUGAGCUGAUGAAACAUUGGGAAAGCCCUGGUGAUGGGAGUAUUUUUGAGGUGGCAGAUGAUGGCAAGCUGAAGAUCAAAUCUGACAUCACCUUUCAUCUCUAUAUUAGCACUGCUCCAUGUGGCGAUGGCGCUCUGUUCGAUAAGUCGUGUAGCGAGGCUGCUGAAGAAAAUCUCUCUGGACACAUGCCUCUCUUUGAGAACUUAAAACAGGGCAAGCUCAGAACCAAGGUGGAGAACGGUGAAGGCACCAUCCCAGUGGAGUCCAGUGACAUUGUGCCCACCUGGGAUGGCAUUCAGCAUGGUGAGCGCCUGAGGACCAUGAGCUGCAGCGACAAGAUCCUGCGCUGGAAUGUGCUCGGCCUACAGGGGGCGCUCCUUAGCCACUUCAUCCACCCCGUUUAUUUGCGCUCAGUCACUCUUGGUUAUCUCUACAGCCAUGGUCACCUGACUCGAGCUGUAUGUUGCCGAAUGGCUAGAGACGGUGAUGCGUUCAAAAAGAGUUUACCAGCAAACUUUACUCUCAACCACCCUGAGGUGGGCAGGGUGAGUGUGUAUGACUCGGCACGCCACACAAACAAGACCAAAGAGUCCAGCGUUAACUGGAGUCACCCGGACCAGGUCAGCGUUGAGGUACUGGAUGGCACCAAGGGCAAAGUGGACAGUACCAAGAUGGAGGUAUCACGGGUUUCCAAGUCCAAUCUGUUCCGUCUCUUCCAAGCUUUGUGUCAGCGUGCAGGCCGAGCCGAUCUGCUGGCACUGCCGUCAUACGCCCACGCUAAGAUGGCUGCCACUUCAUUCCAGGACGCCAAGAGGCUGUUCUUCCUGGCGCUGAACCAACAUGGAUAUGGCUCCUGGAUCGGGAAGCCCUUGGAAGAAAAAAGUUUCGAGGGAGAAGCCAGAGGCUCAGAGCUAAGGGGAGGAACCGGGGACAUGCGGGCUCCGGGUUGCGUAGUUGACCCCAAUAGCUGCUUGAGCUCAAACAACAAUUUACAGUCUGCAGCACAGGGCUUUUAGGGGAUAGAGAAAGAUGAAGAGAGAACAAAUUAAGGGAUGGAUGGAGUGGAAGAGUGCCUGGCAGCAAGAGAGAAUUGAGGAGGUACAGAGAGGGAGGAACAGGGUAAGCCUGUGGCUUUGGAUUUGAACUUUAACCAUCAUGACAAAGCAGUAACGGAUGCUACCAUGGCAACAGAGCCAUAAACCCAAGGAAAAUUGGACUUGAUGAGACAUGAAGUAGAAUCUCGGCCCUUUUUUUUU